GGAGUUCUUUGGGGAGUCUCCCAUCCGAUUGAGUUCCUUCGCGCGCUGUUGUGUCUGCUAAUCGGAGACGAUACUGAUUUUUAUAAGCUUGAUACGGUUGCUCAGGUCUGGCAAUGAUUUCGCAGUUCUUCGUGCUCUCGCAGAGAGGCGACAACAUUGUAUUCCGAGAUUAUCGUGGCGAAGUACCGAAAGGAAGUGCUGAGAUCUUUUUCCGAAAAGUAAAAUUCUGGAAGGAAGACGGAGAAGGAGAUGCGCCGCCUGUCUUUAAUUUGGAUGGCGUAAACUACUUUCACGUGAAGGUUGUAGGACUCUUAUUUGUUGCGACAACAAGGAUUAAUGCAUCACCUUCUCUUGUUCUUGAACUUCUUCAAAGAAUUGCACGUGUUAUCAAAGAUUACCUUGGGGUUCUCAAUGAAGAUUCCCUCAGGAAAAACUUUGUUCUUGUGUAUGAGUUGCUGGAUGAAGUUAUUGAUUUUGGUUAUGUACAAACAACAUCAACUGAGGUUCUGAAGUCAUAUGUAUUUAAUGAGCCAAUUGUGGUUGAUGCUGCACGUUUGCCUCCCCUUGGUCCGGCUUCCAUUUUUGUGCAAGGGAGCAAACGGAUGCCAGGUACGGCUGUCACCAAGUCUGUGGUUGGAAAUGAGCCUGGAGGUAGAAAUAGAGAGGAGAUUUUUGUUGACAUAAUCGAGAAGAUUAGUGUUACAUUCAGCUCAAGUGGUUAUAUACUUACUUCAGAGAUUGAUGGUACCAUUCAAAUGAAGAGCUAUCUUACCGGUAACCCAGAAAUUCGACUUGCUCUUAAUGAGGACUUGAGCAUUGGAAGAGGUGGAAGGUCAAUCUACGAUUAUAGCAGUUCAUCUGGUGGAGGGACAGUCAUCCUUGAUGAUUGUAAUUUUCAUGAAUCUGUGCAUCUUGAUAAUUUUGAUUCGGACAGAACUUUGGUCUUGGUACCACCAGAAGGUGAAUUUCCUGUCAUGAAUUAUAGAAUGACUCAGGAAUUCAAGCCUCCCUUUCGUAUUAAUGCCUUAAUUGAAGAAGCAGGCCCCCUUAAGGCUGAAGUAAUUCUUAAAGUUCGUGCUGAAUUUGCCUCAAGCAUCACAGCAAACACGGUUAUGGUUCAGAUGCCACUGCCAACUUUCACGACAAGAGUCAGCUUUGAGUUGGAACCUGGAGCAGUAGGAAAUACAACUGAUUUUAAAGAAGCGACCAAGAGGCUUGAAUGGGGUUUGAAGAAGAUUGUUGGUGGAUCUGAACAUACUUUGCGUGCAAGGCUCACAUUUUCACAAGAAUCACAUGGAAACAUCGUGAAAGAAUCUGGACCUGUUAGUAUGACCUUCACAAUUCCAAUGUACAACGCUUCAAAGCUCCAGGUUAAGUACUUGCAGAUUGCAAAGAAGUCUAACACCUAUAAUCCGUAUAGGUGGGUGAGAUAUGUGACACAGGCAAAUUCAUACGUCGCUCGAUUGUGAAUGAACACACCUGAUAUUCAUAUUACAACAAGGUAAAACUUGUUUGAAAGAACAAGAACGUGGUCUACAAGAAAAAUCUGCAGACAUCUGUUGCUUGCCACAAUAGAUUAUGAUACUUAGCGACAGUUUAGAAAUUUGAAAAUUCCCAAGUUUUAGAUUCAGUCGUACUUGCGUAGAGUGUUUGUAUAACCUUUUAAUUAGAGUUUUCUCGAUUACUUUUUGGAUUAGGAUAAAAGAUGAUCAAAAUUAAAUUAGACCAGGAUAACAAGGAUCAAGACUCGUUCGGUUUGUGCCUCCAACAAAGAAACGUAGGCCUUGACCCAAGUUUCCUUCUCUCCUUUGUUUAGUGGUUUAGUUUCCUUCAUGCUUCAAUCAGCUUUAUUUCGUGAUGGAUGUUUUUUAUCCUUAUUUGAUCCUCCUCGACUUUUUGUGUUGGAUA